AUGGCAUCGCAAACCGCCGUCAAAGUAGCUCAGGCUACUAGAGUUAUGGCUGUUAAUCAGAAAUACACAGUCCAAAGCACCGGCAUCUGGGAAACCAUCCGCCGCAUCUUCGCCGUCGACCCCACCCGCUCUAACGGUGUUCCCCUCAACGCUCAAUACCGGCUCCCACCCCCAGGCUCCAACGAACCCUUCUCAUUCAUCGAUCCCGUCACCCUGCCCGCAGGAGAUAUUGCCGAGAACCCUUAUUGGAAGCGUGAUGCGCGCAGGAAUUAUCCGAGAAUGAGUGUAGUGUCGCAGGGAGAUGUGGUGGGGUUGUUGAGUGUGGGGAGUCAGGAGGUGCCGAGGAAGGAGUUGGUGGGGGAGGAGGGGGGCAGGGAGUUGAAGAGGGUGGAAAAGGAGGGGGAGGGCGGGUUGGCGGUGUUUUUUAGGGGGGAGGAGAAUAAGGGGGGGGGGAGGGCGUUGGAGGUGCUGGGACGGGGGGGUUUGCCGCCUACGCCUAGUGGGGUUUGUUUGAGUGAGGGCGCGGAUAAAUAUUCUUUGACGGAGGAACUUGCGUUUCCGGAAGGAUAUCCGUGUCGGGCUUUCAAGUAG